ACUUCUUUCCCGCUCUCGCUUUGUCUCCGGAGGACGUUCGUAUCCCAGUGUCCUCUCAGUGAAUUAAAGGCUAAACUGUUUUCUCCGUCUCAGUGAGGUGUAGACCACAUCAGGCACAAUGGUGAAGAUUGGAGUCAAUGGAUUUGGACGUAUUGGUCGUUUGGUGACUCGUGCUGCUGUUGCAGGUGGUAAGGUUGAGGUUGUAGCCAUCAAUGAUCCCUUCAUUGACCUGGAAUACAUGGCCUACAUGUUCAAGUACGACUCCACUCACGGCACUUGGAAGCACGGAGAGGUGAAGACUGAGGGUGGCAAGCUGGUCAUCGGUAACAUGCACAUCAUGGUCUUCCAAGAGAGGGACCCCGCCAACAUCAAGUGGGGUGAUGCUGGUGUGGACUAUGUUGUAGAGUCCACUGGUGUCUUUACCACCAUUGAGAAGGCUUCUGCUCAUCUGAAGGGUGGAGCUAAGAGGGUGGUGAUCUCAGCUCCCAGUGUUGAUGCACCAAUGUUUGUAAUGGGUGUCAACCACGAAAAAUACAACAACUCAUUGACGGUUGUCAGCAAUGCUUCCUGCACCACCAACUGCCUGGCUCCCCUCGCCAAGGUCGUAAACGACAAUUUUGGCAUCGUGGAAGGUCUCAUGAGCACAGUCCACGCUGUCACUGCCACACAGAAGACUGUUGACGGGCCCUCUGGUAAAAUGUGGAGAGAUGGCCGUGGUGCCUCCCAGAACAUCAUCCCUGCCUCCACUGGAGCCGCCAAGGCUGUCGGCAAGGUCAUCCCUGAGCUGAACGGUAAACUGACAGGUAUGGCUUUCCGUGUGCCCACCCCCAACGUGUCUGUCGUUGACCUUACUGUCCGACUGGAGAAGCCUGCAAAGUAUGACGACAUAAAGAAAACGAUCAAAGCUGCUGCUGAGGGACCCAUGAAGGGAAUUCUGGGAUACACAGAGGACCAGGUUGUGUCCACGGACUUCAACAGUGACCCUCACUCGUCAAUCUUUGACGCUGGAGCUGGCAUUGCACUCAACGACAACUUUGUCAAGCUGGUUUCAUGGUACGAUAAUGAGUUUGGCUACAGCAACCGUGUGUGUGACCUGCUCGUGCACAUGUUCUCUAAGGAGUGAAAUCCUGAUUCAUCAUUCCUUCACCUGGAUGUCACAGCAUCUGCAGAAAGGACAAACUGAAUAACCUGACCAAUGGGGAGAGAAAAUGUAUUGUCCUGCUUAAAAUAAGCUUGUCCCCUGUUCUGUCAGAAGUGAUGUUUGUACAGAUUCUUUGCAGUAUUGUUACUAAGCUUGUGGCUCCUUUGCACUUGAAAAUAAAGAACAGAAUUCAUGAGAAA